AGCAAAGGUCGGUCUAAAACCCCGACAGCCCAGUCCUGUCCUGUCCGGUCCGGUCCGGCCUUGCCCUGCCCUGCCCUAAGAGCCAUGAACGCUCCGCCCCCGUAUACGGCGAGGGCACCCUCUAAGCGUUAUGAACUGGUCAACUCUUGCGUAGAAGGCAGGAAGGCAGGCAGGCAGGCAGGCCUUCUAACCGCGCCCGAGGGGGGAAGAUCACCAGUUCCGGGACGCGCGUCCAACGUCAGCAGUUUCGAAUCAGCGAGCUGUUUAGCGAGUCUCCACGUCUCGUUGUGUGGAUCCGGGGUCGCAGGACCGCGGGGACCCUAAAGUUGAGGAAGGAAGGCUUUUGAUGAAUUAGACGCUUCUUGACAGCAGCAGCAGCUGACGACGAGCGACUUCUGUUGGAUUGCCAUCAGCACGAGGGCCGAACGUCCUUGGCCUCCUCGAUGAGCCUUCACUGCAGAUUUGAGGUGCGGAAGAUUCGACGAGGGCACCUCCUCUCGUAAACGCGAAGGAAUUCGGCAGUGACAGGUUUUGUCCAAGGGAUUAGAGCUCUGUAUCAGGAGGCUGAAGGGGUUUCAGCGUUGGUUGGUUAGUUAGUGGAAUUGAAUUUUUUUCGGAGUUGGGUUGGUUUGGUUUGGUUUAGAGGCGUACGAGGAGGCGGGGAAUCAGAUGUUACUGUUGGGCAGGAGAUUUCGGGGCUGGGCUAGAAGUAGUGUUCAGUUGAAAUCAAGUCCGAUGACCAGACGCAGAGAUGGAAUGGAUCUGUAAUUGUUCUCGGAUUGGGAGCCUCAAGAACAAGUUUAAGGAAGAGGGCAAGCAUGGCUGCUGUGGAGCUGAGUUUGUGGCUUCUGUCUUUCAUUGUGGUGGCCGGUCUUCUCGGAAUUGUGGUUUAUCAGCUGAUGUGCCUAUCGGAUUUGGAAUUUGACUACAUCAAUCCUUUCGAUUCUUCAUCCAGCAUCAACAAGUUUGUCGUACCUGAGUUCGUGUUACAAGCUAGUCUCUGCGUUUUGUAUCUGGUUACUGGAUACUAUGGCUUGUUCCUUCUCAAUUUGCCAGUUGUCUACUAUCACGCAAGAUUGUAUAUGAAUAAACGACAUUUAGUAGAUGUCACAGAAAUUUUCAAUCUUCUUGGCUAUGAGAAGAAGUAUCGUUUGAUGAAGCUUGGAUUUUAUCUUAUCCUGUUCUUCAUUGUGAUCUACAAGCUUGUGGUUGCAGCAGUUCUCCUUAUUUUGGAGUAUGACACAGGGCCAGAUUUAGAUAUGUAAAAUUUACGAAUUACCAUUCUUUGGGCAUUCAAGAGGUGAUGUGAAGACUGUCUUUGACAGGUUGCUGAAGCUGAACGCGUGAUUGAUCCACACGGAAGGCAAGUGCUGACACCAUGGAAUAGGAAAAUGGCUUCUGGACAUGGGUAGAGUUUACCCUUCUCGUAUGUACGCAGCUACUCAUCUUUAGAGACAAAGAAGAACAGAGUAAUUGUCCAGCCAUCUUAUCCUCGUACCAACAAGCGUCAAUCAGAACGAGUUGUAAAGCAUUACACUGGUGUCAAAUUGAGCAGCUCGGAACCUUAUCCAUCUUUUAUGAACAUGAUUUGCUACUGUCCUAUUCUGUCCCGGCCUUCGAAAUUUACGUCGUUUGUUUGUGUCCUUGAAGGUGGUAUUUUAACUGCGAGUUUGAAAUCAUCUAAGUACACGGAUGUG